AUGAAACCAUCGGGUAAUAUAGAUGGACCGUGUCUCGGUGCGACUGCAGCUUCGGAAGAAGACCAGCAAUCCGAGAUAUUGAUGUGCCAGCGCUGCCAGGAGCAAUUCACUGAGGUCCAGGAGUACGUGACGCACAAGGAGGAGUGCGACAAGAAGGCGAUCAAGCACGACGAUCCUGCCCACUCCGAUCCCGAGGACAUGGUCGUGUCCGAGGAGGACGACGACGACGACGAGGCGAACGGGAAGAAAAUCGAGAAUAUACAGGAUGCCGCUAACAACAACAGCAUCAAUCAAAAUUCGCCGGAGGAGGCGGCGCAACGGCUGGGAUUUCCGUUUCCGAUACCGGCGGCAACCGGCCACGUGACGCUGGAGGCGCUGCAGAACACCAAAGUGGCCGUGGCCCAAUUCGCGGCUACGGCACUGGCGAAUAACGCUGAUAACGAUGCGGCUUUGCAGGAGUUCGCCGUGUUACAAUCAACGUUAUUGUCGUUGCAACACCAGCAAGUAUUGCAGUUGCAAUUAAUCAAACAGCUACAACAACAAUUAUCGAUAGAUAGAACACAGGAAGAGGAAGCUUCGGCCGAAUCGCCGCCUCCGUCGGAUAAUGAGGUGGAAAAUACGCCCGUGGAAUCGCCGUCAGCGCCGCAAGCUAUGGCCGUCGUUUCGCGCGAACCCACUCCUGCUUCUCUUCCUCCGCCGAUCGUACCGCCAGUUCAAGCAUCGCCAGCCGCAGAACCUCCAACGCUAGAAGUAAGCGUACCAUCAUCAAUGCCAUCAAUGCAAAUUCAAUGUUCUAUCUCAUCGUCUUUGGCAUCGACGAUUAUUACUCACGAUGAUCAACCGCAAGAGGAAACAAACACUUUAGAAAUGUUGCAAAAAAGGGCGCAAGAAGUUUUAGACAAUGCCAGUCAAGGUUUAUUGGCUACAAAUUUAGCCGAUGAGCUCGCUUUUAGAAGAAGCAAAGGAUCAAUGUCACCGUAUGAUUCGAAAGGAAGAAACGAGCCCUUUUUUAAACAUCGUUGCAGAUAUUGUGGGAAAGUGUUUGGUUCAGAUUCGGCCCUUCAGAUACAUAUCCGUAGUCACACUGGUGAACGUCCGUACAAAUGUAACGUUUGUGGCAGUCGAUUUACGACAAAGGGCAACUUAAAGGUACAUUUCCAAAGACACAGCCAGAAAUUUCCUCAUAUCAAGAUGAAUCCAAAUCCAGUACCCGAACAUUUAGAUAAGUAUCAUCCUCCGUUAUUGGCCCAAUUAGGUCAACAGUCAUCUCUCUCUCCCGGUGGACCGCCACAUCCUCCUCAUUUGGGAUUUUCGGCUGGUCCGCAUUUUCCAACCUCAUCAUUACCGUUAUUUAGGCCACAAGGCCCACCACCAUCUGAAGUUCUCACAAAUAGAAUGCAGUCAUCGCCCCAUAGACUAUUAGAUCCUCCGCCUAGAUUAUUUCCUCCACAUCCGUUAUUUCUAAAAAGAGAGGAACAAGAAAUUCCUGCAGAUUUGAGCAAACCUCCUCGAUCACCAUCUCCUACCGAAGAAAAACUCCACGAGACAGAAAAUGAUGACAAACGAGAAAAUGAUCAUGAAAUUGAAAGUAAACCUUUAAUAAAUACGCCUCACGUAACGCCUAAACAAGAAGCUAGUUUUACUGAUAAUGAAAACGAUAAUGAGCAAGAGAGGUAUUCGGUUCCAUUACCAUAUGAUGAAUGCAGCAAUAGCACCAAGUAUUCCAAUGAAGACAUGAUGGAGCAAAGAAGUAUUGGUGGUGAGCAUAAUGAAAGCAUUCAAAACGAGCCGGAAAAUUUAUCCACAAAUAACUCGAUCACUGGCCCUUUAAGCAUAUCAACUAUUGGUCAAAGAUUGCCGCCGAAUUUUACUUUUGGACACACCAGCUCACCACCGAGUAGCACUUCUUCCGGAAGUAAUCCUUUGACAGACAUUACAAAAGAUCCGUCUUUGUAUACUAAUUUAUUACCUAGACCAGGAAGUAACGACAAUUCUUGGGAAAGUUUAAUCGAAAUCACCAAAACCUCUGAAACCAGUAAAUUACAACAACUAGUAGAUAAUAUCGAACAUAAACUGUCGGAUCCGAAUCAAUGUGUUAUAUGCCAUCGAGUAUUAUCGUGCAAGAGUGCAUUGCAAAUGCACUAUAGAACGCACACAGGUGAACGACCCUUCAAAUGCAAAAUUUGCGGCAGAGCCUUUACUACCAAAGGCAAUUUGAAAACUCACAUGGGAGUCCAUCGAGCGAAACCCCCGAUGAGAGUACUACACCAGUGUCCCGUUUGUCAUAAAAAGUUUACCAACGCCUUGGUGCUCCAACAACAUAUCCGCCUGCAUACCGGCGAACCAACUGAUCUCACGCCAGAACAAAUCCAAGCAGCAGAAAUCAAAGACUUUCCUUCGCCCGGUGGAUUCCCCAAUCUACCGAAUUCCAUUCAUCCAUUCCUCAGCCAAGGAUUUCCGCCGCCCGGUCUCUCUCCUCUCGGUCACGCCGGCCUUCCGCUAGGCAUGAGAUGCGACAGGGACAUCAAAUCCGAGCACGGCAGCAUGGACGACGAUGAUGACGACGACGAUGACGAUUGCAUGAGCUCCCUGGAGAACCACAACAUGCCGCCGUUUUCCUCGUCCCCGUCGGACAUCCAGCACGUCGGAAUGCCCGUCAACACUGCCGCCUCGCAGUUCUCGGGCAGCGUCUUGAGCUGCUCGGCGGAGGAUCUCUGCUCGAACCGCACCACCGCCUCCACGCCGCCUCCCUUGCAGAACGGCGAGAAGUCUCCUAGUCAAUCCGGCGUUACUAGUCCAGGCAGCGCAGACUUGCGGUCUUCGCCCAAUCAAACGCCCGUCCAGUUACCUCGGCCGCCAUCGUCGCAGCAAGCCAGCAGUCCUGCGCCGUCGGAUAAUUCCGUCGGGGCACUGGAUUUAACGCCCAGGAGCCAGCCGAUGACGAGCCCGGGACCAUCGACGCCGAGCAGCGCUCCUCCGAUGUUCCCUUCUUUCGGGCUUUUACCAUCCGGGGGACAGUCUCCGUUGAUUUCUUCAGCUUUGUCUUCUCUCACGUCGUCUGUCCUAACGUCUACGUCAUUCAGUCCUCUUAGGUUAGCGGUCGGGCCUAUUGGUCGUGGAAACACAACUUGUAAUCUAUGCUUCAAGACCUUCGCCUGUAACUCUGCCCUCGAGAUCCACUACCGAAGCCAUACCAAAGAAAGACCCUUUAAGUGUUCCAUCUGCGAAAGAGGAUUUUCCACUAAGGAUGGUUGUCUUUGUACGCAGGGGCGUAUCCAGGAUGGAGUAGAUCACUGGAGGGCACAAAAUCAAAAAUCAGCCCUCUUCAACACCAUUCCUUCCAUUUUACAUUUACCGAUGACGCCUGGAUACGCCUCGUUGAGGACAAAAAUGGCGGGCAACAUGAAACAACACAUGCUCACCCACAAGAUACGGGACAUGCCGCAACACAUGUUCGACAACAAGCCGCCGAGUUUGAGCGGCGACGAGUCGUCCACGGCGCCGCCCGGCUUGUCCAAAUUGGACUCAGCGUCCAACGAGGGCGACCGCGAACAACCGCCGCCCCAGCAGGCGCUGGCGCCGCAGCCGCCGCAGAACCUCCAGCCGCCACAGGCGCCGCUGCUGCCGGAGAAGCAGGAAACGGAAUCGCAGCCAAUCAAAAGAGAACCCACUGAGACUGAAUUACCUUUACCUAAACGUCCUCCUAGCUUACAAUCAAGUAAGCAUUUGUGUCCCGUAUGCAAUAAGAACUUCUCGUCGAGUUCCGCCCUUCAGAUCCACAUGAGGACCCACACCGGAGACAAGCCCUUCAGAUGCACCGUGUGCCAGAAGGCGUUCACCACCAAGGGCAAUCUCAAGGUUCAUAUGGGCACGCAUAUGUGGAGCAACGGGGCGUCUCGAAGAGGUCGACGCAUGUCCCUCGACCUACCACCCAUUCCCAUGACUCCCAAGGAUUCCGAAUUUCUGCAGCGGAGGCCAGACCUCUUCUACCCGUACCUCCCGGCUCCGUUCCUUAACGGCAUGCAGCAGAAGUUGAACGAAAUAUCGAUGGUUCAGAACAACCACAACGGAUUAACGGGGGUGGGUAAGUACAGCGGCCUCCUGGGCUUCGGGUACCCGCCGCCGGAGGCGAUCAGAUCGCAGGCGGGGUCGCCGGAGCGGGCUGACAGACCGCCGAGCCACGAGCCCGACACCCGUGGGCUGUGGGACCUGCACUUCGAGAGAAAGAGCGCCGUGGACACCUCCAGGGAAGACCUCUUGCCGCCCACGGCCACCAGAGAGGGGCUGGCCGCUUGAGAUCGCCGUUCUGCCGACGCAAUUCCUACUUAACUAGUCUAGAAUGGGAUGUUUCAGAUUCGAAUCAAAUCAAAACGUUGUCUGGUCGAAUUUGUUGUUGAUUUAAAAAAAGUUACGGAACAAAAAUCAGUGCUUGUGCUAACCGAACGAUUUUUGGCAGCGCCGCUUUUUGGACGGGCGAGUUUUUGAAAGUCGCCUCGACAAUUCGGGCUCUGGCUAAUUUUUGAAACAUCUUUAUUAGAAAAUUAAUAUAAACGGAUUGGGGCAAUGAUGCAUACUGUGAUACAACAGCUGUAAAAAGCUGCGAAGCUGCUAUGUAAUUAGAAAAUAUUUAAUUAAAAAAAAGAAUUAGAUUUUAGCGUCUUGUAUUAUAAAAGUAGCUGAGUGUAUGAUAUGGGAGUUGAUCAAUGGACAAUUUUAUUACAUUAUCAGUUUUAAGAAUUUUUAUCCAGUACUGUAUAUUAUUUUCAAUUUUUAGUCUGUAUCAUUGAUCAACUAAUAAAACUGGUUUGAAAUAAAUCUAAAUAAUCAUCCUUUGUGUAACAGAAGGUUUAAAUUAAUUAGAUACAUUUUACAUU